AGAGGACCACGCAGACCAAAUACCAAAGAUGGAGAAGCAGGUGGUUCUGGGAAAAAACAAACCUGAGAAGAAAGUAAAGAAGAGAAAAUGGUGGCAGAGACGCCAGAAGGUAGAGAUGCAGGACGUCGAGGGUGAGAAGGGAAAUGAGGUGAUGGUAGAGAGGGAGAAUGAAGGAUUGGAGAACCAGGUAACACAUGUGGAAGAGCAGAUGGUUCUGGAGAACCAAACAGAAAAACUGGAAGAGCAGGUGGUUCUGGAGAACCAAAUACAGAACCUGGAGAAGCAGGUUGCUCAGGAGAGUCAGAUGGAUAAAUUGGAUGAGCAGGCAGUUCUAGAGGACCAGAAGCUGGUAAAGAAGAUAGUUCUGGUUAUAGAGAUAGUGAUGAAGGAGGUAGAGGUGCAGGUGGCUCCGCUGUACCCCAUGCCAAAUUUAGAGAAUAAAAUGGUCCUCAAAAACCAGGCACAAAGGCUGGAGAAGCAGGUGGUUUUGAUGGACCCCAUGGCAAAUUUAGAGAAGACAAUGGUCGUCAAAAACCAGGCACAAAGACUGAAGAUGCAGGUGGUUCUGAUGGACCCCAUGCCAAACUUAGAGGAGAAAAUGGUCCUCAAAAACCAGGCACAAAGGCUGGAGAAGCAGGUGGUUCUGAUGGACCCCAUGUCAAAUUUAGAGAAGAAAAUGGUCCUCAAAAACCAGGCACAAAGACUGAAGAUGCAGGUGGUUCUGAUGGACCCCAUGCCAAACUUAGAGGAGAAAAUGGUCCUCAAAAACCAGGCACAAACGCUGGAGAAGCAGGUGGUUCUGAUGGACCAGGUAAAGCAUGUGGAGGAACGGGUGGUUCUUCAGAACCACAUGCAAAACUUGAAGGUUCAGGCAGUUCAGACAAUCCCAAUGAAGAUGCAUGAGAAGCAGGUGGUUUGUAGAAACCAAAUGCAGAACCAGGUGGUUCUCAUGGUGGAACGGGAUCGGCUGGUAGUUAUGGGUGAUUGGAUGAACAAAAUGGUAAAGCAUCUGAGUAAGAACAUGGUUUUGAUGGUUGGGACUGAUAAACCUGAGAGGGAUCUGAUGGACCAGUCAGGGACUUUGGAGCAGGUGGGUUUACAGGACCAGAGAGAUAAUCUGGAAGCACAGAUGGUUCUGAGGAACCAAAAGAAUGAAUCAAACAAGUGGGUGGUUCUAGUCGUGGAUAGAAAGAAACUGGAUGACAUGGAUGAAGCACCUGAGCACCAGUGGACAGAAUUGCAGGAUCCAGCGGCUUUGGAGCUCCUGGAGGAGCAGAACCUGGAUAGAGGAUGCACUGAAGAUCCACUGCAGUCUGUCAUUCUGAAGAACAUCUCCAAGGUGGCUUUAAAAAAAUCGGACCUCGAGCAGCCGCAGGACUACGUCCUAGUUCCUCCCAUCGUUGAAGCCCAACCUGGAGAGUCCGGGGCUCUGAUGGAGACCGCGUGUGAAGAUGAAGGCGUGUCCGAAGUUGAGGAGAACCAACCUGAGAACCACACGCCCAGUACCGGCUACAAGAUCCUCAAAGGGUUUGUCAUCGGCGCUGCUGUCGUGUUGACGGUCAUCAUGGCUUCCCGUCGACUGCCCUCGAUCUUCAGGCUCCGAAUCUGAUCCGCAUCCGGAGAACGUGGGGCAGCGCGAAUCACCCAAUCACACGCCGGCCACCAAAAAGCAACUUUUCCAAAAGCAAAAUAAAAAUAAAUAAAAUGCA